AAAUAAAUAAAUAAAUAAAUAAAAAGAUAAAGAUCGGCGGCCACCUUAACGUGUAUGACUUUUCGCCAUGCAUUUGAAGAACUGGUUAUCGAUAUAGUGUCAUUUUUAAGCUCAAGAUUCCAGCCGAGCGAGGAGAGAUGGCGAGCUCGAGUGCUACCGGUGCGUGCGUGCGUGCGUGCGUGCCGUCCGUCCGUCCCGUGUGUGUGUUGUUGAUCGUGAAGGAGGCUUUCUGCUUCAGAUAAAAGUAGACCGAUUUAAAAAAUCCUUCUAAAAAAAAAAAAAAAAAAAAAAAAAAAAAGUGAUGCCUUAUAAUUCCUUCUCCAGUUCUCCUCCGCCUCUCCAAAAUGGGUUUUAAUACGCUGAUAAAAUAAAUCCAUUAACCCCCCCAUGCUAAUAUUCCCGUAAAUCAUCAUCGGCCCAUAAGUGUUCGGGUGUUUGUCGUGGGCGGAAGUGUUCGAGUGCAGGAAGCAUCGCGGGGAAGUUGGAAAUUGAUUAAAAAGUAAUAAUAAUAAAAAAUAAAAAAGGUGAUUUAGAUGUAAAUCGUUUAAAUAGGCUUUCUCGGUGGACGUUUAGAUUCUGUGUUCGUAAAUAGGAUGUUAUUUAGACCGUAAUAGGGUGAAGAAACGGCUGGAAAAAGAAACAAAAAAAAAAAAAACGCUAUGACCUUUUGAAAACCGAAAUGCCGUUUGGACGCGAAGUCGAGGCCGUCGCCACCGCGUUCACCGAAGCCAGGCGCGAGGAACCGGACAUGGCCUGUUAAACUCAAUCUCGCCAGGACUUUCGGACAAAAGGCUCGAAGGGAGCAGGUGCAGGGGGAAGAGAAGGAACACGAACGCGAGAAAAAGGAGCAACAAACAGGAAGAAAGGAAGAGAAGAAGAGGGAGAAAACGCCGACAUGAUGGAAGGGCGAAGAAGACUGCGAGGCAUCUUGUUUCUCGCCGUUCUCAUUACAGGAGCGUGCGGCAACCCCGACGCCAAGCGCCUCUACGACGACCUCCUCUCCAACUACAACAAGCUCGUCCGCCCCGUCAUCAACGUCACGGACCCGCUCGAGGUCAAGAUCAAGCUCAAGCUGUCGCAGCUCAUCGAUGUGAACCUCAAGAACCAGAUUAUGACGACUAACCUCUGGGUGGAACAGUUUUGGUACGACUACAAGCUGAAGUGGGAGCCGUCGGAGUACGGGGGGGUGAAGAUGCUGCACGUGCCGUCGGACCACAUCUGGCGCCCGGACAUCGUGCUCUACAACAACGCCGACGGCAACUUCGAGGUGACGCUGGCCACGAAGGCGACGCUGCACCACGACGGCCUGGUCGAGUGGAAGCCGCCGGCCAUCUACAAGUCCUCGUGCGAAAUCGACGUCGAGUUCUUCCCGUUCGACGAGCAGACCUGCGUCAUGAAGUUCGGGUCCUGGACCUACGACGGAGGCCAGGUCGACCUCCGCCACAUAGACGAGGUGGAGCACAACCCCGUGGUGGAGAUCGGCGUCGACCUCUCUGAGUUCUACAUGUCGGUCGAGUGGGACAUCCUCGCUGUGCCGGCCAUCAGGAACGAGAAGUACUACACGUGCUGCGACGAGCCGUACCUCGACAUCACGUUCAACAUCACCAUGAGGCGCAAGACACUCUUCUACACCGUCAACCUCAUCAUCCCCUGCAUGGGCAUCUCCUUCCUCACCGUCCUCGUCUUCUAUUUGCCAUCAGACUCCGGCGAGAAGGUGAGCUUGUCUAUCAGCAUCUUACUCUCGCUCACCGUGUUCUUCUUGCUGCUCGCCGAGAUCAUCCCCCCGACGUCGCUGGUUGUGCCGUUACUAGGGAAAUUCGUGCUGUUUACUAUGAUAUUAGACACGUUAAGUAUAUGCGUGACAGUGGUGGUGCUGAACGUGCACUUCCGCUCGCCCCAGACGCACACCAUGGCCCCCUGGGUGAGGAGGGUGUUCAUCCACAUUCUGCCGAGACUGUUGGUUAUGCGGAGACCUCAAUACCAGAUGGAUAAGCACCGUUUGUUUGCAAAGGCUAAGACUGGGAUGCUUAGAUCUUGCAACGGAGGAGAUAUGAGAGAUUCCUGCAACUACUAUCCUGCUGAUACAUUCCAGGACUCCAGGGAAAAUUCAUUCAGGAGCCAUCAGGAGCUCCAAGAAGCCAUCCGUGAAGGUCUCCUGUACAUGGACCUGCCGGGGAGUCGACCUCGAUCACCACGUGGGGAAUACUCACCCAGGGAAAUAGAUGCACUGGGUAUAAAUGGAGGGUGCAAGAUACAUGGUCCAGCUGCUCUUGCUGAUGACCUAGGUGUCGGCGUCGGCCUGAACGGCAAUGUGAGCUCGCCAGGAAGGGGUCCCACUGACAAUGGUGUCCAGUACUGCCCAGAGGUCACCAAAGCCUUUGAGGGCGUCAGGUUCAUUGCAGAGCACACGCGCCGCGAGGAGGAGUCUGUCAGGGUGAAGGAGGACUGGAAAUAUGUUGCCAUGGUGCUUGAUCGGUUGUUUUUAUGGAUAUUCACCCUGGCGGUGUUGGUAGGCACAGCGGGCAUCAUCCUCCAGGCACCUACCCUCUACGACGAUCGUUUACCCAUUGAUGUUCAGUAUUCAGAAAUUGUUGCUGUUGCAGAUCGCAACAUACCAAAACCAAAUGUUAAACCUAACUAGUAUAAUGACACACAGUCACACUAGUAUUGUAGACAGUUUUGUGAAACUAAUCCACCUCCGACUCAGAAAAAAUAUGACAAAGUUUGUAAGGAAAGACAACUUAAUUUUCUCCUUUAAUUGAGCAUAAGUUUGUGAAGUCAUAAUGGUUUCAAAGCGUUGAAAACAGAAAGUUUGAAUCGUUAUGAUACAUCAUGAAAAAUAGACAGUUAAACAAAAGUUACAUAAAGUCUUAUGUAAUUUUUUAUGAUAAGCAUGUGUUACUAAUUACACAUGGAAUGUAAUUUGCUCAUAUAUCCAAUCUAGUGAGACAGUGACUCUCUUGUACCAUUUUUGUAAGAAAAUUGAAAUCUUCAGUCAUACCUUGAUGUUCGCUAUGAAUAAAUUAAAAAUCCAGCAUAGCCACAACGAUACGAAAAGCUCAAAGAAGAUAAUACUCAAGCAUUCAGACGUUUUUGGUUUAAGUUUCAACUAAUCUUGGCUAUGUGCUGGCACUGGCAUCCUCUGUUUUUUCCUCUGCACAAGGACCCUUACAGAGAUCAUUGCUCAACUGCUUAAAAAUGGAGCAGCCAUUAUAUGAAGUUUGCUUUGAUAACUUGUGGAAAGGAUGUGUAGAUCAUAAAAGACAGUGAAGACAAUGAUGAAUUGAUCCUAGUAGUGACAGUUUAUAAGUCAGGGAAAAGGACAUCCCAAAAUUGGAAAAGAAUGGAAGCAGAAUUGGAGUUGCUGCUGAUUUUAAGAGGAAAGCAGAUUUUCCUCUUCCCAGGAUAAGUUUCCUGCACGGCAAGUUUUACUCCUAAAGGUUCUGUUGUGAAUUUUGCAAGAAAUCUUCGUCUCCUAAGCAAUGGAAAUACGUAAGGGCAAGAAAACAGUACCGGUAAUUUUUUCACUUAUGUAUGUUUGUGAGAUGUACGUAUUUUAUAAUUAUGUUCUACCAUUUGUAUACUGUAAAUACAAGUUAUUCCAAGAAAUGUAGGUAUAGAUGAGAGGAGAUUCUGAAUUAGUCAAGGAAAAUUCUCUUGAUCAGAUGGAUAUUGUACACUCUUUUCAUGACUUUUGGCUGCCUCACCCAGAAUAUAACUGUCCAGUCUCUGAGAACUAUUGGGUAUCCAUCUGAAUAAGACAUAUAUCUUAUUCCAAAGAAAAGGAGUGAAUUGUAAAUAUUGUAACCUAGCAAUACUGGUGCAUACAUGUUGGUGCCAAGAAAACUUGCAAGACUUGUAAUAGAUGGGCACUGAAUGGCUUUUACCAAAGGUGAAGAUAUUUUUCUGAAAGUAUGUCCCAUUUUGAGAUAGUAUAUAUUGCAUGAAAAUUUAGGAUUGCAUAAUGGUUUACCUUAGACAAGUCAGUUAGAAGCAAAUUAUAGAAAAAUAUUUAAUUUGUUGCUGCAAGUGUUCUUUCUUCUAAAAGCACAAUAUCAGUGUUCCUGGUAAAGACAGUAUUGUCCAUGACAAAAAAAGUAACAGUAGUGAUUACUUGAAAUGUAUAAUUUUGCUUGUAACUGUCUUUUAAAAUUCUUUUUCCAGUAAAAUUAUAUUUGUAAUUUCUUAGCAAUAUGAUGAACUGAGGCACAAGAAAUCCAAUGUUAUUAGAAGUAGAUAACAUAAUUUUUGCUUUAAGGGUUUUCUAACUGUAACAAAAUACAUAUCUGUUAAUCAUAAACUGUAUUUUCUUGCAUUUUAAGGUCUUCUUUGAUAUUUCUCACUAAUUUGAUGAUUUCUGAUUAGUCUUUAUAUGCCAUAUAUCAUGUACCAUACUAAGUUAUUGGAUUUCAGAGCUACAAUGAGUAAAUUAUUCAAAUUUAUGUCUUUGUAUUCCAUUUAUAUACAUGAAGCAUUCUACUAGUUUGUUUAGGUCUGAGGUAAAGAAGUAUGGACUUUUCUGAGGGAUAGAAUGAAAUACUCUUUGGAGCAUUGAUUUUAUCUUGUAGUAAUACAUAUGUAAUUGUCAGGAAAAUGCAGAAUCAUAUUAACCCAAUGGAGCCCCUUAAUCACAUUGUCUGUUGUCCUUUUCUUUUGUGAAUUCCGUUUGCACCUCGAUGGCUGCACAGGUGCUCAGCCAUCAAGGAGCCAAUUGAUAAACCUAUGUGUCCUCAGCUGGUUUCCCUUUUUCUUGAGUUUUUGGGAAAAUGUAUUUUUUUCUAAUGCUAUUAUUGAGGAAAAGGGUAAACAGGUGAGUUACAUAGAACUACUAAUUGACUCCUUGGUGAUUAAGUACUUGUGGAGCUAUCUAUGUGUAAGACAAUCAAUAAACAAAAAGAUGCAGUGGAAGUGGCAUGUAUUCUUGCCAUCCUGGCAACAAUGGGUUAACACAAGGAUAAUCAAUAUUGUGAUAUGCUUGGUAAAAAACAUAGUUUUGAAACCCUAGUUGAUGAGUGGAACAUUACCUAAGAAUAUACAUCAAAAUACAUUUACCAAAUGGUUUGAUUUUUUGUACCACUACUUAUCCUUCAAAAAUAGAAACUACAUAGAGACAAAAAGUAAAUAGAUAAAAAGACCACUUUGAGCAUUUAGAUACUUUCAUGUUAAUACUGUAAAGAUUUUUUUUUUAUUUGAAGGGGGUACAAGACAACUGGAACGUCUUCACUGCUACUGUCAAGGCACAAAUAUUCUUGGCAAUAUUCUGUAAUUCAUUAUCUAUUUGUGCAACAAUAAAACCAAAAUGUUUCUAAUGUAUCGACAUAGGUAACAGCAGACACAAGAUUGAUAUUUCUUUCUUUUUGGGUUGAUGGAAUUUAUAGGGUGAACAGCAGAGUUUUUUCUACUUUUUAUCAUCCAUUGUUGUCUGAAUUUACUUGAGAUUUCUAUGAUUAGUCAGAGUGGUUUAUUUAGAGAAUUUCACCCAAUAACUGUAACUUUAAGUAUUAGUUGUUGUCUAUUGCAAUUGCAACAUCAAGUAUUUGUGGUACAGGACAACUGCAACCAGCAAUUGCUAUAGAGAUUUUGAAAUUCAUGCCCAUGUAUCUCUUGACUUAAAUAACACUCGAAUAUUGAUUUAUGCAACUGCUAUAUUUUAUUGUUUCGGGCCAACCACAAGGAUGGCCAAAUUUCUUAAUUGCACAGGUCUUGUAUCAAUAUUCUUUGUAUAUUAGACUGGUAACAUGAAGAGGCAUAAUGCAAGAGAUCUGCAUCAAUGCAUAAAAGAUUUACUAGAAUCUAAUAAUCUGAUCUUAGUUUCCUCUACUGAAAUCUGUAUACAACAGACCCUCAGGGAACAUUUAUCAGUAGGAUAUUUACUUAACAUAUUUAGAAAAGAAUAACAUUGAUUUAUCUUUAAUAUCAGUCAUAGCAUAAUAUCAGCCACAGCACCCUUUUUUCAUGUUUCAUAAAUUAGCAGGAUUUUUAAAGCAAAGGAUUGUUUCUGUACUUUAAGUAGCAUUUGUGACUAUAGAUUUUCAAGGGCCAUCAGUAUUAUGUACUUUUGAUUUACUCUAUAUACACUUAUUUAGUUUGCUCAUUGGGUACGUGACGCAUUAUAUAUAUAUUCAUCAGUCCUUCCAGCAGCAGACUGGUGCACAAGGAGCCAUAGUGCCAUACCAUAAAAUAUUUAUUGAAAUUAUUGGUAAAUCUUAGCUAUUAAAAUACUAUCUGAAAUGGAACAAAGAUUGUCAAUAGGAUGUGUGCAACUCUAUUUGUAUUUUGUGAGAAACUGAAGUAUGGUACUUGUCCUGAUAUGUUCAGGUUAUUUCAUUAUAUAUAGCCAUAAAUUACACCGAAUAGGGUCUGGUUAUUCUAAUUCCAUAGUCAUUCAAAGCAUUAUAACUGGUUUUCUUUUACUGAGAAUGAAGGUUAUUAACAUAAUAUAGCACAGUAACACCCCUUUCUAUAGCUGCUGGAACCAUGUUAAUCAUAAAAGUUUAAAAGGGUAUUAGUUGCAUGACCAUUAGUUAGUAUUUAAGGUGAUUUAAAGAUUAAUUUUUAACACAGCAGCCCUUGUACACUACUGGUUGAUAUGACACAGUAAUAUUUUAUAUUUUUCUUGAAAUUUCAUUGUGUAUUUUUCUUCAUAUUUAAAGUGUGUAGGAAAGGUUCUUCUGUUGCUUACUUCCUGGACUUAGUUAUUAGAGGUUCAAGUUACUAGUGUCUUUGUGAACCAUGAUUGAAUUUCAGUACAACUAACUGCAUUUUUUUAUUAUCAUUAUUAUUUAUUUAUCAUUAUUAUUAUUAUUAUUAUUAUCAUUAUUAUUAUUAUUAUCAUCAUUAUUAUUAUCAUUAUUGUUAUUAUCAUUAUUAUUACUAUUAUUAUUGUUAUUAUUAUUAUCAUUAUCUAACCACUCAGAAGGUGAGGCUUUAGCAUUGCAUGCUGACAAUGGGAAAUAGUAUGAAUGAGUAAUUAAGGAAAACACAGGGAUUCAUUGAAAAAUCAAUUUCUUUUUAAGGAUAGUGUUUUGAUGCAUACUGAUCUGUUCUUUUUUUACACUCACUUUACAGUUUCACUAUUUGUCACAUAAAUAUCUUCCAUAUAUAAUGGUACCAUCCAGUCUCAGGUUAUCAUGAAAUUGAGCAGAUUUCAUCUAGUUCUUAGAUGAUUAUUUUAACUAUCCUCACAAAAUAUUAGCAGGACUCGUUAUACACAAUCAUUCAAUCACUGACCAGAUGAUAUCGGCUAUUUACUUGGCAUCAAACUCAUUACUUUAUCUCACAGGUCAUGUGUCUAUGAAUUCCAGUUCAUCAUAUUGGCUAAGCUUUCUUUCAACAAUUAUAUGGUCUCAUUUCAUUACUUUAUGAAGGUAUUGGUAAGUCUAUAUUCAUUUUUACAAAAUAGAUAAAACUGUAUGGUAUAAUGACUAAGCAAUGAUUGGAGUCCUAUAUAGUAAAUACUAUAUGUAGAUCCUUAUAUUUGGUUGUCUGUUUAUAUGAGGUUUUAUACUUAUGGAUAACAGUGCACAGUGUCCACCAUAGUUAUUUAUUUACAUAUUGCUGAUACAAAAUACUAAACUAUAUGAAUAUCUUUUAAAUCAGAGAGUCACAAAACCUAUUGUAAAUGCUUUUUUUUCUUAGUACCAAUGAAAUCAGAAGAUAUUACCUUAAUUUUUUUACAUUAUUUGUAUCUGACUUUAUUUUCAAAUUACAAGAAAUAUUGCAUGAUAGUUCUGAAGUUCGUAUGUUUAAGUUGAUAGAAGCAAGCAUAGUUCAGAGGAUAGAUGACAUAGGGUUAACUUUGCUCUUGGUUUUUGCCCAUAUGUGUUCAUUCAGCAAGGACUGGCUUUACAGCAAGACAAUACAAAGCAAGAGACAUCGUUCUGAUCUUAGGUUUUAUACAGGCUUUGUAUUUUGUGGUUGCUGAUGUAUAUCAGAGUUAGUUUUACAAACAAGCUUAUAACGUCACAUUAUGUUUAUAAAUGUCUUAAUUUUUUUUGCUACUUUACAAAAGUUCUUGCAACAGACUAGGAAUUGGUAAAGGAAGUUAUAAAUAUAAGAAACUGAUGAUAAAAGCAAAUAACAAACACACACAUGCACACGCACACACACGCACACACGCACACACGCACACACACACACACACACACACACACACACACACACACACACACACACACACACACACACACACACACACACACACACACACACACACACACACACACACACACACACACACACACACACACACACACACACACACACACACACACACACACACACACACACACACACACACACACACACACACACA